AUGGGAAAUGGUCCUCCCAGUCGAAUAGGGAAAUCCAGAUUUGCACUCCCACCUCAGAAGAGCAGCAAGGAAGCCACUAUGUCAACCAAAGAAACUUACGACUACAUCAUUGUGGGGGGCGGUCUUGCCGGCUCAGCUCUCGCAGGCCGCCUAGCAGAAUACCACCCCUCACGAUCGAUUCUAAUCCUAGAAGCCGGCUCCAACGUCGUGGGACACCCGCUGACAAGCUCCCCGCUCGCCUGCUUCGGGGCCCAUUUGUCGCCCCUAGAUUGGGCAUACACGACCGUGCCGCAGACCCAUCUAAACGGCCGACAAUGCUACGCCGCAGCCGGUAAGGCGCUUGGCGGCGGAACAGCGACCAAUUACGGGACGUGGACUCGCGGAAAUGCGGCUGACUAUGAUCUCUGGGCUGAGCUGGUGAACGACGAAGCUUGGAGCUACAAGUCGCUUUUGCCGUACUUCAAACGCACAGAGACGCACUGGGAUGUAAAUGCCGAUGCGUCCGUCCAUGGUCGAUCUGGUCCUAUUCACAACGCGACGGUAGCGUCGAGCAGUCCCGAUCGACAAUACCCACUGAAAGACACGCUGCGAGAUGCAUGGGCGAGACUGGGCGUGGAGACGACCGCCGACGCGAACGACGGCUCACCCCUAGGACUAGGGGAACUAACCGAGAACUGGAAAGACGGUCAGCGCCAACUCGCUAGCGAAGCAUACGGACUCACCAGCAAGCCCAACAUCACCAUCAAGACAGAGACACACGUGAAGCGCAUCCUGCUUUCCGAGGGCAGCGGCAGUGAAAAGGUAGCGACCGGAAUCGAGAUCCUGGACGGAACCAUCUUCCACGCAUCGCGCGAAGUGGUGAUAUCCGCAGGAGCCUACCGCACACCGCAACUCCUGUUGCUAUCAGGAAUCGGGCCCGACGACCAACUCUCCAAACACAACAUCCCCGUGCAGGUAUCGGCGCCAGAAGUAGGCCGCAACUUCCACGACCACUUCUCCUUCAACCAGUGGUGGAAACUGCGCAGCCCCGAAAAGGGCCUAUCGAUCGGCACGCCCCUCUGGAAUAGCCCCGCGUACGGGCUCGGGCUCCCCGGCAACUGGGUAGCCACAGUGCAGACACCGCUGAAGGACCUGGACCGCGCCUUGCGCGCAGACGGCACAGAGAACGUCCCCAGCCACCCGUACCUCGGUCCGAGGUUCGCGCACGUCGAGACUCUGGUUGUGUACGCGCCUGCGGGCGCAGCUGUUGCAGGUGUUGAUGUCCCCAUGGACGGGACGCAUAUUGCGUCUGCUGUCUUGGGAAUCGUCCCCACCUCGCGCGGAAGCAUUACGCUUGCAUCGGCGGAUCCUAGUGUGGCGCCGUUGAUUGACCCGAACUACUAUGCGACGGAGGUUGAUCGUGCGGCGUUGCGGGCGGGUGUUCGGCAGGUUACUGAGUUGUUGACGGGUACGCCGGAGGGGCGGGAGAUUGUGGUGGAGGAAGUCCCUCGGCCGGGGCUUGGGGCUUUGAGCGCUUCUUCGACUGAUUCGGAGCUUGACGAGGCGAUUAAACUUGGGGGUGCGACGUUUUAUCAUCCGGCUGGAUCGGCGGCGAUGGGGAAGGUGGUUGAUACUCAGUUGCGGGUGUAUGGAGUCGAGGGCUUGCGGGUGGUUGAUGCGAGUGUGUUGCCGUUAUCUCUUGCGGGUCAUUAUCAGGCGGUUUUGUAUGCGGUUGCUGAGAAGGCAGCUGAUAUGAUGUCUGCUUGA